GCACAACAAACUAUAAACACGCUAGAAAAAAAACACAAACAAAUUUUGAAAAAUUUGAAUAUUUUUGUCAAGUUUUUUAAGCAAAUAAAAUAGCCAACAACAUGACUGAGGAGACAGCAAAUGGCAGCAGCGCGGCGCCCGUUGAGGAGCUCGGCCAGCUGGCUCUGGAGGAGACCGCACCGAAGGUCACAUUUGCGGAUCAGUUCAAGGCAUUCUCCAAGUUUGGCGAUUCCAAAUCCGAUGGCAGGCAGAUAACGCUCUCGCAGAGCGACAAAUGGAUGAAGCAGGCGAAGGUGUUCGACAAGCAGAUCACAACCACCGAUACGGGCAUACAUUUCAAGAAAUUCAAGGCCUUGAAAAUAACGCUGCCCGACUACAACAAAUUCCUCGAGGAUUUGGCCAAGACGAAAAAGGUGGAGCUGGCGACGAUUAAGCAGAAAAUGGCCAGCUGUGGAGCACCAGGCGUUCAGCAGGUGUCCGCUGGCAAGGCAGCGGCUGCUGUGGACCGCCUGACGGAUCCCAGCAAGUAUACGGGCUCACACAAGGAGCGCUUCGAUGCAUCCGGCAAGGGCAAGGGCAUUGCCGGCCGACGCAAUUUGGUCGAUGACUCUGGCUAUGUCAGCGGCUAUCAGCACAAGGAUACCUACGAUGGCGCCCAUUAAAUAAUCCUACGAGCUUUUCCACUUCCUCUCAUUCACUCACACACUUUUCAAUGACGUUUUGUCUAAUUUAUUAUUUUGUGUUUCUACUGAGUUCUCUCUCACUUUCUCUAAAAUAUAAGUUGUGUUUUAAGUGCAUAAAAUAAAUUUAUACAAUUUUUGGUAUAAUUUACAA